AUGUCUGAAAAAGACUCAAACACAAACGAUGACAUCGCGAAUGGCCCAUACAUAAAAAGCGACCCCCAACAUCUGUCAACAAAAUGGGAGGACAGAAUAAACUUCUUAUUUGAACAUUAUGCUGUGAAGGGCGUGGCAAUGCUAACAUUUUUCUUUUUCCUCAAAACAGCAAUAAACGUUCUGAUAUACCACCUUUUUGAGCCUUUGAGAGGCUUGUUACUAAUUUCCGUCUCACUGUUCGUAUUUGUCCUUUCGCAGUACUCUUUUUAUAAGUCGGUAACAACACCACCUGGCGACGGGUCGGACCCAAAUCCUUCGUGUAGUGAAGACGAAAAGGAAAAAGCCAAAGAGCGAAGCAUUUAUGCUGUCGAAAACAACAUGAAAUGUGUUGAUAUGGGAUAUCCAGUUCGUUAUUGUUAUCAUUGCGAGAAGUUCCGCAAAAGUCGAGCAUAUCACUGUUCCAUCUGCCAUCAAUGUGUUGACGAAAAAGACCACCACUGUGUUUGGCUGGCGUGUUGUGUUGGAAAGAAAAACUUGAAAUUCUUCGUUUUGUUUCUUUUCUACACUGCCCUUGCUUUGUUAUGUAACACAGCUCUACUUGCGUGGUCCCUGUAUUACGACAUCGCUAUUUACUUUUUCUUCUUGAGCCACAACCAAAUCAACAUAUUCUUCUUCCUAAGCUUUGGCAUUGACCUGACUUUACUCGUGUUUUCCCUCUGUUUUUUGCUGGCCUUAAGUGCUCUGCUGUAUGGAACGAUGGGACAGAUAAGUGCAAACGAGACAGGGAUGGAGGGUGUUGAAAAAGAGCGGUACGAACAGCUCGAAGCAAACAAGACGAAACUUCCUGAAUUUACACCAAAAGGGUGGUUGCGUGUCAAAGAGGUUUUAGGGAGUGGGGUAGAGAUGUUUUGGCCAAUCGUUCGGGAUCCAACGAAGAAGAGUGACUAA